AUGAUAAGGCCUCGGGUCUCGCCCGCUGCCUCAACUUCGUCUCAUGCUACAGCAUCACUGACCUCCGUGGCUGCGGCGCCUGCCACCAUUGUUGACCAUCAAAGGACAAUUUGUGCUUCAGGGCCAUCAUUCUCCAUGGCAGCGGCUCCUGAGUCAUUAGUAUCCAUGAAGGCGGCUUCUAUGGGCAAAUCAGCCACGGACGGGUCGGUAGAUCCUCCGGGCGCCCUUACAUCAGAGGAAGUUGGUUCGUCCCAACGGCAUACCGCCCAGUGCGAUGUAUCGCUAGAAUACCACAUACGAAACAUAGCAGGGAUCGGCGUCUUACUCAUAAAGCACCUGAGGGUUAUCACUCCACUAACCUCGGAUGGCGAGACAGAUCACGCACGAUCCGUCGAGGAGCCACAGUGCGCCAUCGACGACGUCUUUGACAUCUCCGAAAUGUUUAUUAAGGCGCUCCAGCACCUCCUGCCCAGAUUGCCGCCGCCUAAUGGCGAGCCCUCGGUGGCAUCACCUCCGCCAAGCGACUUCUCGCUGAACGCUGCAUCGGAGCUCUUGGUGUUCUCUACCUAUCUCCGUCUCAUCGAGACAUACGCGAGAAUCCUGCAGCACCUUCAGGCCCACUGUCAGCAGGGUGAGGACGCGCCCCAAGGCGGCCUCAAGCUGAAGAUUUCAGGAUGGUCCAUAGGAUCCUUCAACCUGGUGUCCCAACUUAGAGCUCAGGUGGUUUUUACGGUGCACGUUAUCGAAAACAUGCUGACAUAG